CUGAUUUUCCCUCCCCACCACCACUCAUCCGUAUUUCCCCCCUUCCCUGUGACGUUCCCUUCUGCCUGAUUCUCCUCUUUAAAAUCAACAUUCUUUGAUUCUCCUCUUCCUUCUGACACCCCCUCGUCAGAACCACCCCUAUUUUCCCCUUCCCUCUAUGACUCUCCCCUCCUUCAUUCUCCCCUAGGUUCGCCCCCUCCCCAUAGCCACCAAUUCCUAAUUCUCUCCUUCUCCCAUGACACUCCCCUUUUCCACUACUCAUCCCCCUACUUUUUCCUCCUUCCCUCUUCCACCUCCCUCCCAUUCCUUAUGGUCCCUGGUAUAUAGCAGUGUCCUCCCGUCAGAGGCCCCAUUAUGGAACCCCCUCCUCUCAGAAUGAUGCAAUCCCUUCCCUGCUCCCCACCAUGCCCUCUCUCUCCUGGUCAAUUUUUGGAAUAACUCGUCCACCUCCACCCACACCUCCCAACUCCUAAGCCUCCUCGAAGUCCCAAGUCUCUUUUCAUACCGCACUACUGCUCCUCGGUGUCUCGUCACUCUCCCUCGAACUUUUUUCCCGUUUGGUUCCUGUCUGUCGUGGCACCCCUCCCAGGAGGGAUCCCCACAAGCCUUCAGGCUCUUGGGCCUGAGAAGUCAUGGCUUCACGGGCCGUCGGAGGACUGCGAGGUCGGCGGCCGGAGACUGUGGUGCCUGGGGAGGCGAUCGAGACGGACUCGGCGGCAUCGUCGUCAGAAGAAGAGGAGCUGUACUUGGGCUCGGCCCCGCUGUGCCGGGGCCGCCCCACUGGGCUGCGCGUAGCGGGGGAGGCACCUGAGACUGACUCUGAGGAGGAGCCAGCGACCCUGGUGGCCCACGCGGAUCUGCCCCCGCUCGUGGUUGUUCGGGAACCAGAGUGGGCAGAAGAGGAGGCUCCUGCAGCGCCCGCGCUCCCUGCCUCGGGCCGGGCCUCGCUCCUGCAGCACCGGCUGGCUGAAAGCCAGGCUCGCCUGGGCCACGAUGUGAGCGCCGCGGUGCGAGGUGUGUACCGGCGAGCUGGCCUCGAUGUAGCGGGCCUGGCAGCCCGCCUGGCCGCCGCGCAGGCCGUGGGCUUGGCGGCAGCCCACAGCAUCCGCCUGGCGCGCAGCGACCUUUGCGCCCUGGCCGAGCGCCUGGACAUUGUGGCCAGCUGCCGCCUGCUGCCUGACAUCCAAACUCCGGCUGAGGCGGGCCCCAGUCCCCGGGCUUAGUGGAGGCCCGGCCCUCCUGUGGUUCCCAAGGUCUGGUGCUCCUGUGAUCGCUUCCCUGGGGAGGCUUGGUAGAGGCCGCCCCAGCACUUCUUGAUCUCGGGUUCAAGGGCCCUCCACUGGGGUGGGGGACAGGAAAGGCCUGGAAGCUGGGAGCAAGGAGCUGCCUCACCCUCCGUACCCUGUCCAGAUUUCAAUAAAGUGUCUUUGGAAAGAUGA